GGGUGUGACUUUUGAUGGAGCUCCCCCUCCCAGUUAUGUCAUUACUUCAGUUCCUUUGAAUCAGAAUAAAAAGUGCAGCAAACUUCAGACUCAUUGACUGCGGGCUUAACAAGCGCCGGGGCUUUUCUUCUUCCUGCAGCUUGCAAGGAUCUUUGGAUUUUGCAAAACAGUUCCAAGAAAACAAUGGCCAACUUCUCCUUAUGGGCAACUUUUGGAUUAUGUUUGUUGAAGCUUUGUCUAGCAGAAACACAAUUCAAUGUAAGCUGCAGAUAUGGAGGAGUUUUUCAUGUUGAGAAAAAUGGUCGCUACAGUCUCACACGACCUGAAGCAGACAAACUCUGCAGAGCUCUCAACAGUACCUUGGCAACACUAGAACAGCUGAAGAAAGCUCAUGAACUUGGAUUUGAAACUUGCAGGUAUGGUUUUGUAGUGGGGCAUAUUGUUAUCCCACGAAUCAAACCCUAUCAUCUUUGUGCAGCAAACCAUACUGGCAUUUACAAGCUUCCAGCAAAUACAACUGGUCGAUAUGAUGCAUAUUGUUACAAUGAGACAGAAACAAGAGACAUAGGGUGUGAGCCAGUCGAAAAACUAAAUACUUCUCUCCUCAGUAAUCAAGAUGAAAUAGUCAUUGACAAUGCAGAUGGCUCACGUUAUAAUGCAGAUGGCACACGUCAUACCAGUGGAGAGUCCUCAACUUCAGGUGCAGAUGAUGAAAAUGUAGGUAGUGGAUCAACUCAUGAGACAACUCCCAUGGAUAUCUCCAUCAGGAGAUCCAGCCCCUCAUAUUAUGGAAGUGCUACUCCAGUCUCACAGCUGCCAGAUCACACUUCUGGAGGGGGUGAAAAAGGAACUCCUGGAAAAGACUAUGAUUAUGAAGUUCCAUCUCUAUCACCUGACAUCUCUUUCGGGACAGUGGCUGAUGAUUUCCAUGAAGAAGAUGGUGGACAUUAUCAUGCUACUACUACUGUGGACUCACAACACGAAACGCUUCCGGAAAUCUCCACACAAGAUCAUUGGAAUCCCACCUUCACAGAUGAAGAGGAGCAGUAUCCUAGCUCUUCUAGCAGGGCACUAGUUACCAGUGAAAAUGAAAAACAUCAAGGACCAACCCAACAUCCACUAUCAUACAGCAUUCAUUCUGGAGGGAUCAGUCAAGAACAAAAUCCUGCAAAUACCACAGCGAGUAUUGAACAACAUGAAUUUACUGUUGCAGGUGAAAAUUAUUUUGAAAAGGAAUCUUCUCAUACAGCUAUGGUCUCCACCCAUGGGGCCAAACAGAACGACUCCAUGCAAGACCCAUGGGUAUAUCCAGGUUGGGACAACGGAGAGGACUAUGCAACACGGCCUUCUAUAAUGGAUAGAACUAUUCCUUCCAGAGGCAAUAAUCAUGAGAAAGACUCUUCCACUACAGUCACAGAGUCUGUGGAGGAUGUUAACCAAGAGAAAGCAACCAAGGAGCCACUGGCACCCGGCACUCCACCUGGAAGGAAAAGUGAACAAGCAAACACCACCGAUGGUUCCCAUGUCAGUUGGAUACCUGCAAUUCUUCCAGACAGUGAAGACCAUCUUAACCGCUUGCAGACCCCUCUUACUACUAGCUCUACCUCUAGUAUAUAUGGUAAUGAAGGACCACGCAAGGGACAUUAUGGAUCCACUACUUCCCCUGGAGACACCACCCCAACAAAAAUAGAUUCACAGCCAAGGUCGGCCCGUGUACCAGAAUGGCUGAUCAUAGUGGCUGCUCUUGUGGCACUUGUAUUGAUUCUUGCAGUGUGCAUUGCUGUUAACAGUCGGAGAAGAUGUGGGCAGAAGAAAAAGCUAGUGAUUAACAAUGGGAAAGGGGCAGUGGAGGACAGGAAGUCAAGUGCAUUAAAUGGAGAUAUCAGCAAAUCACAAGAAAUGGUGCACUUGGUUCAUAAAGAACGGUCAAAUGACCGAACACAAGCAUGUGAUGAACUCCUGACUGUUAAUGAAACACAAAAUCAUCAGGACCUUGACAUGAAGACUGGAGUGUAAUGGUACCAUGUUGCCAAGUAGAUCAGGGCUGGGGACAUCAAAAUCAUGUGGAACUUGAACAGGAAUUCACAGAUGCACUGUGCUACUGAUAUCUUUUGAAAAUAAACAUAAGUUUUAUUCCUUUUUAAUCACUUUACAAUGUUGUCAGGGUUAAAAAAUUUACAUGUGCUUUCUGAAAUAUGCCCCAAGAAUUGCAUAAUGCUCUCAGUUCCCAGUCCCUACACAGAAGACUUUCUCUGUGUCCUGGAUGUUAGGAGGCAUACAAGAUUACAUCAUUAUUCCCCAGAUGGAAGGUCUUCGCUGUGUGGAGCUUAAGAAGUAUCCUGUCACUCCAUCUUAGAAACAUAUAAGGUACUAAACUUGCCAUGAUACAAGAGUAAGUGAGGAAAAAAUGUCAAGAGUGACAAUCAAGUCUAAACCCAAAAGGCAUGCUCUAUAAUAUCUGAAACAUGAGAAUCCUUCAGAAAUGCCUUCCAGCCAGGAAGAGCAGAGUGCAUUCAGAAUCUGCCACUAUAAACAAAAAGUGACACUUGCUAAUUAUGUAUAGCUUGGUCUGCAAUGAGGGAAACCCAGAAGGACAAAAUUUAUUUAUCUCUAUUUUUAAAUGAUACUAUGGACAUACAACAAGUCUUCUCGGGAGGGAUAAUAAAGAGAUGAACACAUGAACUGAUACAU